UUCAAGCGAGAGCGGCCGCCCAGGCACGAAGUUCGCACGGUUCGAGUAUCAGAGCGAGGAAAGCGAUAAGCUAGGUCAGUUCGUUAUUUGUUGUUACAAUAUCAUUUGUAUUUCAGGAGUCAAGAGAUCGUAAUAACCGAAGAAAGAUCCGUUGGCUUUUGUAAACCUGAUCACGUCAAUAAAGGCAAAAUGAGGACGACGGAAAACCGACACACGCCUUUGGAUGAAAACGAUGGCUCUGACUCAAAAUCCAAAGUUGCCAUUCCUCGACAUCUUGGACUUUUUGACUGCAUUUGGCACUUGAUAGGGUCGAUUAUUGGCACAGGCAUUUUUAUCUCUCCGACUGGUGUCCUUCGAGGUGCAGGAGGUUCCGUGGGUGUCUCCUUCAUCCUGUGGAUAGUAUGCGCCAUGAUCAACGCGUGUGGCGCCCUCACGCUAGCUGAACUGUCCGUCAUCAUGAAGAAGUCAGGAGGGGACUUCACCUUCAUUUUGCAGGCAUGGGGACCCCUGAUGGCCUUUAUCCGACUGUGGGUGAUUCAGUUUAUCAUUGCCCCGAGUGGUGGAGCUAUCGGUGUAAUGACAAUCUCAAGAUACUUGCUGACUCCCUUUUUUCAGUGCGCGGAAGCACCUGUCGCAUCGCUACGCCUCGUAAGCGUCAUCUGCCUAUUGUUUGUCCAGGCCGUAAACUGUUUCAGUGUUCGUUUAGCAUCCAAGUUGGCUGGUGUGCUGAGUAUCACGAAGGUUGCCGGUCUGGUCAUCAUCGUCAUAACUGGGCUACAUAACCUGACACUAGGACACACUGAACAUUUCCAGCACGCGUUCAACACUGGCUCCUAUGACGUCACUCUUCUCCCAACCGGUCUACUCUCCGGUAUCUGGGCGUACAGCGGAUGGAGUGUUAUCACCAGCAUAACCGAAGAAGUAAAAAACCCUCAAAGAAACAUCCCCCUUAGUAUCGUGAUCUCGAUGUCAUUGAUCACGGUGGUAUACCUCAUGACUAACGUCGCCUACCUUACCCUCCUCUCACCAAAUCGAAUAAUCGCCUCCGAGGCUGUUGCAGCGGACUACAGCGUGUUAGCUCUUGGAAUCAAGUGGUCAUGGAUCAUCUGGCUGUUUGUCGCCCUCUCCGCUUUGGGAAGUCAAAACAGCGGUCUUUUCAAAUCGGCAAGGAUAAGUUUUGCCGCUGCGAGAGAGGGACACUUCCCCGAGAUCUUCUCUAUGGUUUCCAUCACUCGGCGGACCCCACUCCCCGCCAUCUUGUUUUCCGUUAUCAGUCUCAUCUACUUGAUCGAAAACGACAUCAUCGCUUUGGUAGAGUAUCUGGGUUUCGCCGAUGUCGUAUUCGAAACGAUCACCGUGGCCAUUGUACCCUAUUACCGAUGGAAAUACCCGAAUCUUCCCCGUCCUUACAAGGUUCCACUUGUUCUGGCCUUCCUGUACCUAGCUACGUUGAUUUUCAUCGCUAGCAUGUCUCUCUACGCUGAUCCGAUCAAGAAAGGUGCCGGUUUAUUUAUUGGAUUGAUUGGAAUUCCAAUCUACUACGCCCUGGUACACCCCAAAUACAGGAUCAAGUGUCUCAGACCGGUUUCGGCAAAAAUAACGCGAUUACUUCAGAAGGUGUUCUAUUGCGUGCGACAGGAGAAGAAGACGUUCUAAAACGGAAUCCGUUGAUUGAAGGGUGCCUAGAUCUCAUCGAUUACUUCUUGCAUUUCCGUCAAAUUUCUCAGUAAACUUGCUUUUAUUUGGACAAUAAAACCAUUGACGAGAACCAACUAUCAUGACAAUAAGACCAUUCAAUGGUACUAUUGGACACAAACUGUGAUGAUUGAUGAAGCAUGCAUAUCAUUUAAGAUGAAUUCGUCGAAGCAUGGAAUACCCC